GCUCGUACAGCACUAUUAGUAGUGGUAUCCAUAUACACGUCAGACGAGGAAACAGGAAUUCUGCUCUUCUAGGCAAAAAUACAAAAAGAGAGAAGAAAGAAAGAAAGAGAAAGAGAGAGAGAGAGAGAGAGAGAGAGAGACAGGGCCUGUUACGACUUUGACACAGUCCUCAACCCCGACCUCGCUGUCGUCCUGGACUCACUCUUCCUCCCUCCACCAGCCAAACGUUCAACCGCACCACAGCCACAAUCGAGUAGCCAAGAUGGCGCCUCACGCAGACAAGGACGUCAAUGGCGUUGCCGCCAACGACGCCUCCCGCUACCACGCUUCCUCGACCAAGGCCGCCAUCGCCGCCGAAAAUGAGUUUGCCGCCCAUAACUACCACCCCCUCCCCGUCGUCUUUGCGCGCGCCGAGGGCGUCAACGUCUGGGACCCCGAGGGCAAGCAGUACCUCGACUUCCUGUCCGCCUACAGCGCCGUCAACCAGGGUCACUGCCACCCGGAGCUGAUCAAGGCCCUCACUGCCCAGGCCGGCCGCCUGACCCUCUCGUCCCGCGCCUUCCACAACGAUGUGUUCCCCGUCUGGGCCGAGAAGGUCAAGAACAUGUUUGGGUACGAUAUGGUGCUGCCCAUGAACACGGGUGCCGAGGCUGUCGAGACUGCCAUCAAGAUCGCGCGCAAGUGGGCAUACAAGGUCAAGAAGGUCCCCGAGGGAAAAGCCCUGGUGUUUUCGGCCCUCGAGAACUUUCACGGAAGGACGAUGACGGCCAUCUCGCUGUCCACUGAUCCCGAGUCACGAGAUAACUACGGCCCCUACGUUCCCAACAUCGGCGCUACCUCCCCUUCCACCGGCAAGGCUAUUCGGUAUAACCAUAUCGCCGAUCUCGAGGAGGUCUUCGAGGCCCACGGCAAGGAAACCGCGGCUUUCAUCGUCGAGCCCAUCCAGGGUGAGGCGGGUGUCGUCGUGCCGGACGAGGACUACCUCGGCAAGGUGUCGGCCCUGUGCAAGAAGCACAACGUGCUGUUCAUCUGCGACGAGAUCCAGACGGGCAUCGGCCGCACAGGCAAGAUGCUCUGCCACCAGUGGGCCGGCAUCAAGCCUGACCUCGUGACCCUUGGCAAGGCCAUCUCGGGUGGCAUGUACCCUGUCUCGUGUGUGUUGGCCGACAAGGAUGUUAUGCUGGUGAUUGAGCCCGGGACGCACGGCAGCACGUACGGUGGAAACCCCCUGGGAUGCGCCGUCUCGCUUCGCGCGCUCGAGCUCAUCGAGGAGGAGGACCUGACAGCCAAGGCUGAGAAGCUGGGCAGCAUCUUCCGCGAGGGUGUGGUCUCGUUUGGCUCGCCAAUCGUCCAGAAGGUUCGGGGCAAGGGUCUCCUGAACGCUGUGGUCAUUGAUGAGUCUGCAGCCAAUGGCAGGUCUGCCUGGGAUCUUUGCAUUUUGUUGAAAGAGAAGGGCCUUUUGGCGAAACCGACGCACGGGAACAUCAUCCGAUUUGCGCCCCCUCUGGUCAUCACGGAAGCGGAAUUGCGCAAGGCGCUGGGCAUUAUCGGCGAGGCCCUGAAGGAGCUGCCGAACGCGAAGCAUGCCGAACAUUAGACUGGACUGCUGUCGCUGAAAGGGAGCCGCGGUCAGCCACAUGGCUGGGGGGCCCGUUCAUCCUCGUGACUCGCCGGUACCGUCAUGGUGCAGGCUCGUUGAAUGACCGGGGAGGGGCAGGCCAGCGACAGAAAGUCUAGAAGUCGUUUACCGCUUCGCCUGCUGAUGGGAAGGAUGUAAGAGGUGGAUCUUAGAACGGGCUUGAGAGUCCGGGGAAAAAAACAUGAUCUUUCUCAGCAGCGAGGAUGGAAACGAACAAGGCUGCUGUCCCGCGGCUCUGGGGCCAGGGUCCCCUCAAGAAGGGGAAGGGGGGCUGGUCCGAGACAGACAAAACCAUGGGCAUGGAGUUUUGUUGAAUGGACAGCAGACAAAGAGAGCAUGACGCCACUUGACCUAGUACAAAUCAACCCAUGCUGACAGCCAAGAUUUUGAUGCUGGCCUGCUGGGUUGGUUCGGCUGAUUGGUCUGGAGAUGAUUUGUUGCAUCAUCAUCAUCAUCAUGAUCAAGAAGAUAUAUAGCCUCGGGCAGCCGAGAUCGAAGUAUGCAUAGACUCCCCCGGAGAACUUACAGGGGGGCAAUGAAAUACAUAUGAUAUCACAC